ACAUAAAUGAAGACACUGUACUUCCAUCAAACACCUUACGUGUCUCCAAUGGCAGAUAAAGUUUCAGUGAUCAACCCUUUCUACUGUGCUCCUUACUCUAUCACUCUACAGAUUAAUACUGAGAAAGGAGUGACUUACAGUGAAAAUGGUGAUCGUCUCUUUUAUGUGGACGAUACUUUUUUCACACUUCAUAACCGUCGUGUCUUAUAUGAUGAUACACAAAAACCCAUCGUCACUUUCUACAAAAAGGCUGUGACGUUGCAUGAGCGAUGCAAAGUUUUCAAGGGUGAAAGCACCGAUUUAUCUCAAUUGCUAUUUUCUGUGAAGAAAAUCAAUAAAUCGAUUUCACCUGGGAUUACUAAAUUAAACGUGUUCCUCCCAAACAACCAAGACAAAAAGAAAAGUGACUUUAGAGUCAUCAUUUGUGGAAGUAAAAACUCUUGCACAGUUUAUGCCGGUGAAUCUCCUAAUAUUCUAGCCAAGAUGGAGAAUAAUGGUGGGUUCAAUGUGUUGGUGAAUCCCAAUGUGGACUACGCAUUCAUAGUGGCACUACUUAUGAUUGUUAAGGACGUGAAAGUUGGUACUGAAAUUGCUCCUGGCAUAAAAUUGAUUUCAUCAGUGUUAUCGGUUGCAUUAGGCAACUAAAUAAAUGUAUUGUAUUUGUAUAAGAAAAUCAAAGGAAAAGCGAGGAAAAAAAUUUCGAAAAUCUACUUCUCUUGUAUUGUAUACCACUAUUUCUAUUAUCCUUUAUUACAUCAAUGAUGAUAGCAAAGUUAUUGACAAUGGCAGA